GGGAUCCCUGUAAAAACACGCACACAAAACCCCCAAAACAAAGAAGCGUCACUUUGAGAUUACAUUCCAACUAAUAUUGAUAACUUGUAUUACUUAUAACAGAUAGAGUCAAUAACUGAUCAGAAUAAAAAGAAAACAUUCCUUUCAAAAAUUAACUUUAACGUUGAAAUAUUGUUGGCGGAAGUCAGUAACUCUGCUUGAGGGCAGCGGCUAGCGAGCUAACUGGGAGUCCGCUGCUGACACCUCAACAUGGAGUAACGAGUGUCCAGCGUUCCCUGCUGAAACGCAGACACCACAGAGAGUAAAACUCCACGUCCGUUUAGUUUAUUUAUCCACAAGAACGUCGCGAAUGAGACGUCCGUGGAUACCUGAGUAGGUGUAAAGGGAAACACGGCUUUUAUCUGAAAGAUGGCGAACGACUCCCCAGCUAAAAGUCUAGUGGACAUUGACUUGGCUUCACUGCGGGACCCAGCUGGGAUAUUUGAAUUGGUGGAGGUGGUUGGAAAUGGCACGUACGGACAAGUAUACAAGGGACGACAUGUCAAGACUGGACAGCUGGCUGCCAUCAAGGUCAUGGACGUCACAGAGGAUGAAGAGGAGGAAAUUAAAUUGGAGAUUAAUAUGCUGAAGAAGUAUUCCCACCACAGAAACAUUGCUACCUACUAUGGUGCAUUUAUCAAAAAGAGUCCACCAGGACACGACGACCAGCUUUGGUUGGUGAUGGAGUUCUGUGGCGCUGGUUCCAUCACAGACCUAGUGAAGAACACCAAGGGGAACCAGCUAAAGGAAGACUGGAUCGCCUACAUCUCCAGAGAAAUCCUCAGAGGUCUGGCUCACCUACAUGCCCACCACGUCAUCCACCGUGACAUCAAAGGCCAGAAUGUCCUGUUGACAGAGAAUGCUGAAGUCAAAUUAGUGGAUUUUGGUGUAAGUGCCCAACUUGAUCGCACCGUGGGCAGGAGAAACACCUUCAUUGGUACUCCCUAUUGGAUGGCCCCAGAAGUUAUCGCCUGCGACGAGAACCCCGAUGCAACAUACGACUACAGAAGUGAUCUGUGGUCGUGCGGUAUAACAGCAAUUGAGAUGGCUGAAGGAGCACCACCGCUUUGUGACAUGCAUCCCAUGCGAGCACUUUUCCUGAUUCCAAGGAACCCACCUCCAAGACUCAAAUCCAAAAAAUGGUCCAAAAAGUUUUUCAGUUUCAUCGAAAGUUGCCUGGUAAAGAACUACACGCAGCGACCGCCAACGGAACAGCUGCUCAAACAUCCCUUCAUUCGUGACCAACCUAAUGAGAGGCAGGUCCGAAUUCAGCUGAAAGACCACAUUGAUCGCACUAAGAAGAAGAGAGGCGAGAAAGAUGAGACAGAAUAUGAGUAUAGUGGCAGUGAGGAAGAGGAAGAGGAUCCAGCGGAACAGGAGGGAGAACCAAGCUCCAUUGUUAAUGUACCGGGUGAGUCAACGCUACGUCGAGACUUCAUCCGCCUACAGCAGGAGAACAAGGAGAGGUCGGAAGCACUCCGCCGCCAGCAACUCCUACAGGAGCAGCAGCUUCGUGAACAGGAAGAAUACAAGCGGCAACUACUGGCGGAGAGGCAGAAGCGUAUAGAGCAACAGAAGGAGCAACGGCGGCGCCUAGAGGAGCAACAGCGACGUGAACGCGAGAUGAGACGGCAACAGGAGCGUGACCAGCGUCGGCGGGAACAAGAGGAGAAAAGACGCCUUGAGGAGAUGGACCGCAGGCGCAAAGAGGAGGAGGAGCGGCGACGAGCUGAAGAUGAGAAGAGAAGGAAUGAUCGUGAACAGGAAUACAUCCGGCGGCAGCUAGAGGAGGAGCAGAGACAUUUGGAGAUGCUACAAGAGCAGCUGUUGCGUGAACAGGCCAUGUUACUGGAGUUCAAGUGGCGUGAGUUGAAGGAGCAGCGCAAGGCUGAGCAGCUACACAAGCGGCUGCAGCAAGAACAGUUUGUCUCACUCCAGCGUGCAUCCCAGCAACAGCUUGGUGAUGAGGUCAAACCCCCGUCAGACCCUACCAAUCCUCUGAUGACCACCCCACCCCCCGACAGAAUCCUUACCCAGCCCCCACAAGCUGUGGUACUCAACAGUACGGUUGCAGUACUGAUAGGCGCCUUUGAGAACUCUGGAGUGCCACAGGACGGCGCUAAAGCUCAGGCAACACUGUCAGAGAAAAACAUCUCUGAUGAGAAUGUCAGCCACAUUUUCACCUCCAGUAGUUCCAAACCUCUUCAGCCCGAACCCUCCAUCCACUUUACACUUCUUCCGGGAGAACAUGCUGAGCUUGAUAGACUGGUUAAUCAUCCUCCUCAACUUAUCAGAGAGGCUGACGAGCGAUACCGUAAGAAUAUUCAGGGUUCUCCUCAGACAGCGGCUCCUCCUAAACAACCUCCUCUUCCCCCCCGCUCUGGUGAACCCUUCUCCAACAGUAGCAGCUCCUCCGACGCCUCUGCAAUGCACCGACCUAUGGAACCUCAGGUCCAGUGGUCCCACCUUGCUGCUCUAAAGAGCAGCAACAGCGCUGCCCCCUCUCCUCCUCCUCUGCCCGCAGUCGCUCGCUCCCAGUCCUUCAGCGAGCCCGGCGGCGUUACCACGAGCUUUGCACAACUCCACCUGCGCUCCCAGGAUCCCCACCAUCAUCACCCAUCGCCUGCACGCACUGACCCCCAACUUCUCCUCCAUCAGCCUCAAGCACAGCCCAGUGACGAAGUCCCACCCAAGGUACCUGUCAGAACAACAUCCCGUUCGCCAGUACUCUCCCGCAGGGAGUCACCACUGCCAUUGCAGUCUGGUGGACAGAGAAACACAUCUGGAAAUGCGGAGCAGCGCCCCCUGUGGGACAGGGUGGAGAAGCUGCAGCCGCGGCCUGGCAGCGGGAGUUCUUCUGGCUCUUCCAACUCCAGCUCCCAAGCCAGUUCUGGAGACCGCUUCAGGCCACGCUCAUCCUCCAAGUCUGAAGGAUCACCUCUCCAGCGUCCUGAGAAUCUUCCCAAAAAAGCUGAUGAAAAGAACUUGGCCAGGCCUACUCGACCUGCUGACCUGACAGCACUCGCUAAGGAGCUUCGUGCAGUGGAUGACCUGCGGCCUCCCCACAAAGUUACAGACUACUCCUCCUCAAGUGAAGAUUCUGGCACCACUGAUGAGGAGGAGGAUGAGGAAGUAGACCAGGAGGCAGGAGAGGAAUCUACCUCAGGACCAGAGGACUCGCGUUCUGGGAGGUUGAGCAAUGGGGAGACUGGGUCUGCCAAAACCAUGCUGGUUGAAGACUCUGAGAGCAACCAGAUCACCACACCCUCAAAGGAUGGCACACUUGUUAUCAGACAGAGCACCACUGACAUUAAGCGGAUGGUCAAUCUCUCCUCCUCUUCCCCAGCCGGUGCCUCUCACGGCCACCCCCAAUCCCUCAGCCACAGCCUCCAAGAGAAAAAUGGUUUCACUGGCUGCAUUCACUACCUACCAGACCUUAUCCAGCAGAGCCAUCACUCCCCUUCCUCUUCCACAUCCACGCUUUCCUCCUCCUUCUCAUCACCACCUAGCCAUGCCAGUCUGGCCAUGUCCCCACUGAAUCCCCUGGAAAAGCUUGUUGCAAUCGAGAGCCAGUCAGAGAGCAAUUCCAUGCCUAAACACAAGUCGUCAUCCUCCUUCACUCCGUUCAUUGACCCUCGCCUGCUCCAGAUUUCACCAUCCAGCGGAAGCUCACUCAACAACAUGGCUGGAUUCGGGCAGGAUGCUCGUCUGGGAGACCCACUGAGAUCUGAUCCGUCCCGCAAAGGCUCGGUGGUCAAUGUCAACCCUGUCAACACGCGUCCACCAAGUGACACGCCAGAGAUCCGCAAGUACAAGAAGAGGUUCAACUCAGAGAUCCUGUGCGCUGCACUCUGGGGGGUCAACCUGCUGGUGGGGACUGAGAGCGGUCUGAUGCUGCUUGACCGUAGUGGUCAGGGAAAGGUCUACCCACUGAUCAACCGGCGGCGUAUCCAGCAAAUGGAUGUCCUUGAAGGACUCAACGUUCUGGUUACCAUUUCAGGCAAAAAGAACAAACUGCGAGUUUAUUACCUGUCAUGGUUGCGAAACAAGAUUCUUCAUAAUGACCCAGAAGUAGAGAAGAAGCAGGGUUGGGUUAAUGUGGGUGACCUGGAAGGCUGCGUCCACUACAAAGUUGUAAAAUAUGAGAGGAUUAAAUUCUUGGUGCUAGCAUUAAAGAACGCAGUUGAGGUUUACGCCUGGGCUCCUAAACCAUAUCAUAAGUUCAUGGCCUUCAAGUCAUUUGGUGACUUGGUGCACAAGCCUCUGCUAGUGGACCUGACUGUAGAGGAAGGUCAGAGGUUAAAGGUCAUCUAUGGCUCCUGCUCAGGCUUCCAUGCUGUGGAUGUGGACUCUGGUGCAGUCUACGACAUCUACCUCCCCACUCAUAUCCAGACAAGCAUUCAUUGCCACGCCAUCAUCAUCUUGCCCAACACGGAUGGAAUAGAGCUGCUUGUCUGCUACGAGGACGAGGGUGUCUACGUUAAUACAUAUGGGCGCAUCACCAAGGACGUGGUGCUCCAGUGGGGGGAAAUGCCAACUUCAGUGGCCUACAUUAGGUCAAACCAGAUUAUGGGUUGGGGUGAAAAGGCCAUCGAGAUCCGCUCAGUGGAGACUGGCCACUUGGAUGGUGUGUUUAUGCACAAGAGAGCCCAGAGACUCAAAUUCUUGUGCGAGAGGAAUGACAAGGUCUUCUUUGCCUCUGUGCGGGCUGGAGGAGCCAGCCAAGUGUACUUCAUGACACUUGGACGCAGUUCCCUCAUGAGCUGGUAGUCGAGAUGCCGGCCGGGACAGCUACGCAACGAACAACAGAUUACUGUGACAUUGAAUAUUCUUGCUCCCUCUUACACAACUGGGGUUCCAAACAUUUGUCAUUAUAAAUAGCCAGUGGUGCGUGGGGUGUUGCAUUUGGUAGGCGGGAAUGGGUAUGUGCACGUGUGCUAGAAAUAUAUAUUCCAACUGAAAUUCCAUUCAGUCUGCAACCUUUUGGGGCAAGCCUGUUUCCUCCUCUUGACCUUUGUGGAAUGUCAACAACUUUGUAUGUCCUCAAGCAACCUCACAUCUUCUAUGCGUGCACAAGGUCAGUGCAGGAAGCACUGAGCAUGUCCAUAACUGAGGAGUAACCACACACACCUCUAAUUGGUCUGUUUGUUGCCAUUUUCACUUCAGGUAUCAGAAUCUCCUGUUUCCACUCAAUGGCUCACUAAACACUUGUAUGCCUUUUACAAAAUAGUUUGAAGGACUUUGAUGAAAAUUACAGGGUACAGGAUUAUCAAUUUCCAAGCAAAAUGCCAAACAAGCGGCAUUGGUCCCAAGUUGCCCAAUCUGUCCAAUAGCUCAGACUUCUCAUACACUGUAUAUUUCUAUUUGAUUGCUGGACGUGAAUACGGGGAGAUCCACCAUCACAACUAAAUGGACAAAAAAAUUGUAUUAACCAACUGGUGGAUAGGUCCUUGACGGGCAAUGUGUAGGGAUAAGCGUAAAACUGUGAAUUACAUUUACAGAGUCAGCUGUUGAGUUCCAAGCGACCAGAAAAGAACAGUGCUUGUGUGCAUGAGAUCUGACGGGAUGUGAGCACCACAGUGCCACUGUAGCUCAUAUGUGUUCAGGUUGCCUUACGUAACGUUUCUACUGGAAUACAACUGCUGAAAAUCCUUGGCCGGUUCUAUGAAGCAUAAAAAUAAGGAACGCUUUAGUCAGAACCAAUCACCCGAGACAAUGGACCUUGUUUUAACAUUUUUGAUCUUGUCUUUGUUUCUUCACCCUCCCCCAUCUUAUGAAAUAUGACAAGGCUGCUGCCAUUUAACAACUAACGUCAAAGCUCAUCACAUUCUGUAGAUGUUUGUGUACACAAAAAACUUGACAAUUUCCACCUCUCCCACCAGAGCUUCACUUUCCGUCUGUGGAAAAAAAAUGUCAGAAUUCCAACAUUGGUGAAAAAUAACUCCACAGUGACGGCAAAAAAAAAAAAACAAGUGGCAUAUUUUUAACUGGGGUUACCUUUUAGUCUUUAACAUGAGACCCUUUCAGAUAACUCUGCGACUGCUGUUUAUUUUAAAAAAAUUUUUAUAGUAAUGCACAUGUUAUGUGGAAAAUGUUUACAGAAGUCAUUGUUUUGUCAAACCAAUGUGCAUCAUGAAUAUUUAUGGAUAAUUUUAGGGCAGUUUGUGUUUUUGUAUUUUGUAUUCCUUUUUGUACUAUCAUUUAGAAUUUCAUGUACAGUAUAGGAUAAAUGAAACUGCUCACACAGUGAGUGACACCAAUCCAGACGUCACUGAUUCUUCUGCAUCUUGCUCAGUGUGGUUCUGGAUAACAUGAAUCUCCGCCCCCACCUUUUUAAUUUGCCUUGAUAAUUUAUGUCAUGUGUGUGCUAUGGGAGUAACUGUUAUCACCCAAAGGUCCUUUCCAUUGAAUAAACUGAAAUUUAAAGUA